UCCCUCUCUCCUCCUAUACCCCCCCGUUACUUUUCCUGCCAUAAACUUUCAUACACCGCAUCGCUGUCACAGACCCUGCUUUCCUCUAAAGGAAAAUCAGAGUACCAGAAUUGAACCUCAGUACUGUGGUUGUCUAUCUGCAGUUUCAGCCUCCUUGUCAACCGGAAUCUGGACCACCUGUCACCACGACAACCAGCAUCCUUCCUCCCUGCACGGCUCUCCACUCCACCUUGUGGUAGUACUGCUGUCCUUCCUUACUCUCUGCUCAGCACCCUCCCCUUUCUGUGCACUAAACUCAUCUGCCAGUAGCAUCUUGGCAUGGAGAAGGUGCAGCACAUCACACGGGCGGCCAUACGGCGGGCGUCCACCAUGGAGGUUCCACAGCAGGCCAAGCAGAAUAUGCAGGAGCUAUUCGUCAACUUCUGCCUCAUCCUCAUCUGCCUGCUGCUCAUCUACAUCAUUGUGUUGCUAAUGAUCAGAGGUGACAUUCAGUGGGGAUGUGAUGGAUUUUUUGGUUUGGUGUGCCACAGUCGCACUGUGGGGAAGAUGAUUUUCCCCACUUACGCAGAGAAUCUGCACAUUUACGCUCUUUCCACGGCAUGUGAGAGAUCUGUGGCAUAAUAUAACCUGCUCGUCCUCCUUUAUACUGGCAAAGAAGUCCUGCGUGCAACCUUUCCACAGAAGACACAUCACCACAGCUUCACCUGAAGAACACGCACCCUGAAUUCUCCAACCCAGACAACCCUGGACCUGAUCAGUAUGGAUCUCACCAAUAACCGAGGACUAAACCUUCUGCUCAACUUCCUGCUUAUCAUAGUGGCUCUCCUGCUCAUGCUCAUUCUGGUCAAGCUCAUGUGACCCAGUUCUGAUUGGCAAAAUGGCCCAAAUCCAGAACAAUGGCUGUUUAGGUAUAAGAGAGUUGAAAUUGUUUUAAUGACUUCCACACUCUCCACCUGAAAAUCCUUUAAAAAGGUGUUUUAAGCCAUUUCAAUCAUUUUGUUAAGUUUAACCACACGCCCUCUCUCCAGAACCCCACCCUCCAAAGAGAUGGCAGCAAACCCAAACCCAAUACACAAUGAUUGACAGGCAGAGUGUGUUUCUCGUUUUUUGCUGAGACAUGUGCGAUUUCUUAGGACACCUAUUUCACUGACAUUUAUCAGAAAUAAAGGACAUUGUAUAUCUGGUAUUCAAAUAAUUACAGCAUCUUUAUCCUAAAACACAUAGCUAAUUGGAGGGCUAGAGUAAAUACAAAAAAUGUAUUUCCAGCAAGGUACUCUAAAAUAUAAUACAUCUGAUCACAGAUCUAUGUAAAAAUGCAGCUACAUUUUAAUUUAACUGAGACAGACAUUGUGACAGGAAGUCAGAACUCAUCAUCGCUUCUGAGGUAACUGCGUCCUCUAGUGGACUGACUCAUACUGCUAACUAAAACAACAACAUAAAAAGGAUUAUAAUGCAAUGUCACCCUCAAAAUUAGGUUCUGAUUCUUAUGCUGCAUUCCAUUCAAGUCGGAUGUAGGAUAUUCCUACUUGAUUUUUCCGAUCUACGACCAAAAAGGUUCCAUUGCCAGAUGCUCGGAAGAUGACGUGUAAGGAAACAAAUCUGCAAUGCUCCCGUUAGUUUAGCAGGUGUUUGACUGUAACCAGAGAUGUCUUCUAGCAACCUAACUAAUAAACAAUGGUGCAGUUGUGCUACAGGUGUAUGAUUAUCAAAAGAGAAUAUAACAUACCAUGUUUUAUACACCUGUUUCUGCAGGUGUUUGUUAAACAAGCUGUAGUAUAAUGUAAUGUAGGAACUUUGACUCAUUUGUCUAUAUUACUUCAUAAAAGUGAAUUUUUAUCACUUACUUUGUAUCUCUCCCUGAGUACCAACAUGUUUAUGUGGCGUCAUGCAAAUGCAUCUCAGCGAAAUUGGAGUUGAACAUUUCCGCACAAGUUUCCCAGAUGGAAUUCCGACUUUAAGUGGUGUUCCAUUGCACUUUUCAUAGUAGGAAAUUGGAAAAUCUGACUUUCCGAGUUGAAAGGAAUGCAGCACAAGAGCAGGUUUAGAUUUAAGUACCAAAAGAAUUAGGCCAGAAAUGUAGGUGACCUCUCUGCAGACAGCACCUGACACACCUCUGCAAUGUAUUUAUUUAUUUUUU